AUGGCCUCAAAACCACUCGUAUUCGUCACAGGAAAUGCGAACAAGCUGAAAGAAGUCAAGUACAUUCUGUUCCAGGGAGGGAACCCGAUUGAGAUCGAGAAUCAAGCUGUCGACCUUCCAGAAAUCCAGGGCACCACUACCGAGGUCGCAAGAGACAAGUGCAGGCGCGCUGCUGAAGCUCUGGGCACCGCAUGCAUCACUGAAGACACGGCUUUGGGAUUCAACGCCCUCAAGGGCUUGCCAGGUCCCUACAUCAAGUACUUCCUCGAGGCCCUGGGUCAUGAAGGGCUGAACAAGAUGUUGGCUGGUUUCGAGGACAAGACGGCAGAUGCGAUCUGUACAUUUGCGUAUUCGGCGGGGCCAGGAACUGAACCCAUCAUCUUCGAGGGUCGGACACCAGGAAAGAUCGUACCUGCCAGAGGCCCAGGGAUAUUCGGCUGGGACGCCGUCUUUGAGCCCAUCGAAGGCAACGGUUUGACCUACGCCGAAAUGCCACCCGAAGAGAAGAACAAGAUCUCGCAUAGAUACAGGGCGUUGGACAAAUUGAGGGACUUCUUGCAGGCAGAGGCUAACAAGAGCCAGAACUCUUGA